AAAAUAUUAAACUCAUUAAGAAAUAUUUACUGUGUAGUGAAUAUAAUAAAUAUCAGCAGUCUAAAAUUAAUAAUUACAUUUAUUAUUUAAAAAUUCUGUACAAACUGGGACAUUAACUAAUUAAUGUCACAUCAUCGGCACUUCCGGCGCUCGUACCGGUCGGCGCCGCCUAAACUCGUGCCGGCGAUCAUCUCGUGUCAGACCUCCUGUUGUCUCGUCUUUCUGGGCAUCGCUCUACUUAUCGCCGGAAGUAUAGCCCGUUUCGUGGCCGGCAAUGACAGCCCGCCCUCCAAGGAGUUCGACACCAAAUUCUUUAAUGAUGCCAAUUUCGUGGCCGGCAAUGACAGCCCGCCCUCCAAGGAGUUCGACACCAAAUUCUUUAAUGAUGCCAGGAGUGACUUUGCCAAAGGUCCCAGAUUUGUAGGGGGAAUACUAUUGAUAAUUGGUUCGGCAAUAACCGGGGUCUCUAUCAUCGGUUUUAUAAUGUCUUGCUGCUUUUAUGCUAAAUACGAGAGGGAAAGGCAUUUAGUUACAACGGCUCAACCCAUGCCUAACCCCAUUCCAUCCAACCCUAACAUGGCUGGUGCCUAUCCACACGCACCUACACCUAUACAGAUACCCGUAUCAAAUGUCGACUAUCCAUAUAAUAUGGGUAAUCAGUACCCGGGACCUGUCGUAUCAAAUGGUUAUCCAAGUGCUCAUAUAUCCAGCACCUGGAGGUAUACUAUGGAGGGCACGUGUGCGACAGACAAAUGGCGGGGCAAAUUUGGUAAUUUCACCCUGAUAGGCAAUGCUACCGUCAAUGAUGUUGCCACAACCAGAACAUGGCCUGCAAUGAGAGAGUGUGCGAUACGGAACGGCACCGGAAUGUCACAACAGGAACUGUAUCUCAAAUACCCGUAUGUUUUGGAAAGGUGUGUCCAAAUGGGAAUUGAGCUCAUGUCCGACACCUUCUGUGAGUCCUUAACUCCCGUUCCCGAUGUUAUAGACCCAAACAAGUGUAGGCUGUUUAUGGAUUGUAGUGUCGAUGACCUGUUGCACUCAAACACUGCUACCGUUCCCACAACGAGUGCCAUAGAGUCCGAGACCGACGCCCCUCAUCCCAACCCCACCAAUAAAUGUUCUUUAAGUGCUCAUAUAUCCAGCACCUGGAGGUAUACUAUGGAGGGCACGUGUGCGACAGACAAAUGGCGGGGCAAAUUUGAUGAGAGAGUGUGCGAUACGGAACGGCACCGAAAGGUGUGCCCAAAUGGGAAUAGAGCUCAGUCCGACGCAUUCUGUGAGUCCUUAACUCCCGUUCCCGAUGUUAUGGACCCAAACAAGUGUAGGCUGUUUAUGGAUUGUAGUGUCGAUGACCUGUUGCACUCAAACACUGCUACCGUUCCCACAACGAGUGCCAUA